GAAAGGCAAAUUGCCAAACGAUCGUAAAUUUAAUUACACACCUGCUCGUAGCAACAGUUUGAGAGAUUUCGAAAUAGGACACGUCUUUUAAAAGUUCAGAUUGAGUAUUAACGUUUGGCAACAUCCUCCAAAUGUCAGCGGUUUUGGUGUGGUUGAUUGACGUUUGUAAAUAAACCUCUGUUUGAACUGAGGAAGAAGGAUGGUAGGAAGUGAAUCUAGAGGACAAUGACUGUAACCUACAGUGCAGAAGUAGCCACUAGCAGAGGAUUUGGAUGUUUCUGGAAGUUAUUAUUUAGGUGGAGAGGGAGCAUUUAUAAGCUAUUAUGGCCUGAUUUAUCUCUGUAUUUUACAUUUUAUUACUUCUUGAGCAUCAUCUAUAGAUUUGCUCUAAAUGAAUCUCAAAGAAGAUACUUUGAGAAAGUCUCAUUAUAUUGCAAAACAUAUGGGGAUUUAAUUCCGGUAUCAUUCAUUCUGGGUUUCUAUGUAUCUAUUGUUGUAAAGCGAUGGUGGGAUUCAUUCAACUGCAUUCCUUGGCCAGAUACACUUGCAUUUUUUGUCAGUGCCUAUAUUCAUGGCCAGGAUGAAAGGGGGCGUUUGAUGCGACGUACUAUAAUGAGAUAUGCGAAUCUUGCAUUUGUAAUUACAUUAACAUGCAUUAGCCCAUGUGUAAAGAAACGAUUUCCUACUAUGGAUCAUUUAGUUGAAGCAGGUAUUUUGUUGCCAAAUGAGAAAAAAAUUAUAGAACAAUUAAAAACCUCUCAUUCCACUUAUUGGAUGCCUUUAGUAUGGGCAUCUAGCAUUGCCAUUAGAGCUCGUAAAGAAGGAAGAGUGCGGGAUGACUUUGCUCUAAACACUUUAGUUGAGGCUAUAGCAAAUUACCGCUCUCUUUGUGGAGGAUUAUAUAAUUAUGACUGGAUUAGUAUACCUCUAGUAUAUACACAGGUUGUUACGCUAGUAGUUUAUACUUUCUUCUUAGCUACACUGAUGGGAAGGCAAUAUUUAGAUCCAGAACAAGGACAUCCGGGCUAUGAUGUUGAUCUUUAUAUACCUAUUUUUAACUUUCUACAAUUUUUCUUCUACAUGGGCUGGCUAAAGGUUGCUGAAACUUUAGUUAAUCCUUUUGGUGAGGAUGAUGAUGAUUUUGAAGUUAAUUGGGUGAUAGAUAGAGACAUUCAGGUUUCUUAUCUGAUUGUUGAUGAAAUGCAUCAAGAGCAUCCAGAAUUAAUAAAAGAUCAAUAUUGGGAUGAAGUAAUGCCUGAUCUUCCUUACACUGCUGCUGCUAUGCCUUUCUAUACAGAGCCUCCUAUGGGUUCAGCAGCUAAUUUAAUAAUACCUCCUCAUGAGGCUGAAUUUGUGCCUCUUGAAACACUGAAUGAAGAUGAAGAUGGACUUGAAAGUAUUAAGGUAAAUGGAAUACCAUGUGAAGUUUCUAGUGACAGAAAUAGAUUAAGUCAUAAUUUAUCUGGAAGUUCAUACAGUGGCAUUUCAAAACUGGGCCACUCUUUCCAUCCAAUGUCAUAUGAGAGAAAAGGAAUACUGACCAUGAUGCAGGAUUUUCUUAGCAGAGAAUCAUCUGUGAGGAAAAAGAAACUGUGGAAGGUUCCAUCAAAAGAUAGUACGAUGGAUCCAUCUCCAUCUUGCGAUACUUCAGGUCCUCCGACCCCUGAUGAAUUAAAAGGCCACAGUGUUUUCAAUGAUGACAUAUUUCGAUUGUCAGAUCUAUCUUUGGCGGAUUCACGUGGUACAAGCAUAGCACAGAGUCCAGGAAUCUUCAGCAAUAUACAGGUGUCAGAUUUUUUCACCCGCAUGAAACCUGAAAGACCACAUCGAAUGAAUUUGAAAACCCAAGUAUCGAAUCCAAAAGUCUAUACGCCCAAAAGUGAAGCUGCAGAGGAUGAUAAUCUGAAGUUGUCGAAUGUUCUGAGAAAGCAGCGUACCAAUAGUUUAAAGCAUUUUUUUCGAUCAGGCAAAUACAGAGGUUCUCAAAAGUCAUUACUUGAAACAGUCAGUCGUGAACAUGCUAAUUUUAAAAAGGACUUGCAGACUGGAACUAGUGAGGAUAUUGGGAGUAAUGUUGAUGAAGCAUGUGAUGAUAUGGAUGGAAAAGAUUCUAAUACAAACUCUGAUGAAGAAGUUACUGUCAGAGAAGUCUAUGAGAAACCUAAAGAAACAAGUAAAAGCAAUAUUGAUUUAGUGCAAAAAAGUCCAUCAGCUUCAGAACCAAUAUCCAUUAAAAGACAUCACCACAGUGAAGCCUCAACUAUGUCAUCAGACGAUCAUGUCCUUGGUAAAUUAGCUAAGGAGCCCAGUACAUCCACUCUUGUAAAUGCUGAUAGUUCGUUAGAAUCCACUCCUCCUUCUAAUGGGAAACUCAGUGACGAGAGUGCGAAAAAUUCUGCCCAGGCCGAACAGGGAAAUGAAGAUGAUGUGUUUUCUGAUGUCAAAGCUGAUGAUUCUGGUAAUAAUAUUUCUUUGCUUCAUGAUACUCCAACGAAACCAACUCAUACAGUUUUGCCACAAAAGAAACUAUUUUCUAAGUUUCGAGCAAAGAGAGCUGUUAGUCUGCGCAUUGAUGGAUAUCAUAAAGAUUGUGAUUCAGCAAGUUUAUCUGGCCUGCAGAAAUUUUAUGCUCAAAAUAAAAGACAUAAAUUUCUGCGUACUGUUAGUCAACCAGUGAGCCCAACAGAAAUCAAUUCCCCCACAUUUGCUGAUAAAAUUCCAACCCAUAGAAGUCUCUUCAGCCGAAGACUGAGUAAGGAGCAGCCAACUGGGGAGAAGCAAUGUAAAACUUCUCAAGCAAAUCCUGAAAUAGUUGUGACUUCACAAAAGAUUUCUGAAGGAAGCAUUAAAGGUCGAAGGAUUUCUGAUGUGUAAUUUUGAAGUAGCAGUUUGCCAGUAUUGUGUUGGCUAUCACUUCUCAAUAUUAUGAAAUGCCUUAAAUAUGGUAAAAUAUUGUUUUAACUUUAUUUCUUAAAAAUGUUAAAGGUAUGUAUCUAAAUUAAAAAGGUAAAUGUUAAAGGUAUUCUAAAUUGUGAAUCACAUUGUAAACACUGAAGAUGUAGCAUUUCUUGAUUUUGUUAUAUGUGUAUCAUAGUGUGUUUCCAUACAUUUACUUGUAGUUUUGGAAGUUUCAUUGCUUAGAUUUUAGUAAUAUUUAUUAAGAUAUUUUUAGAUGUAUUUGUCAGUUACUGAUUCUUAUUUUUUUUUUUUAAAUCUUGUAUUUGUGUCUUCCUUUAUUACAUUACACAUUAAAAAAUAUUUAUACAUGCACGAUGGCCAUUUACUUAAAGUAAAUGAGAAAAAUCUGUAUUUGAAACAGGAUUUUGCUUUUUAUGUUUCAUUUAGUCAUAAGCUUAAAUUAAUGCUUUAUUUAGAACCGAUUUUGUGUUUUUACAAGAUCUCAGUAAUGCAGUAAUUGCAAUAUAGAACAUUUAAUUUUGUUUUAUUUUUUACGUAGUCGUACAGUGCAAACAUUAGUUCAGUAUUGAAUUUUUUUUUUUUUUUUUUUUUUUUUUUGUGUGUGUGUGUGUGUUUCAUUUGUCUGCAGUUUUGCACUUUUGGCUAAAAUAAGUAUAUAUAUUUUAUCAUAUACAAGUAUGAAUGAACAUUUUAGCUUUGGAAUUAAAUGGGAACAGAAAAAGUUUAUAAUGGCAGUUUUAUAUUUGAAAAAAUAAUGGAACUGACAAUUGUAGUUUGUAAAUUGAAAGUUCAUAAAUUGCAUACCUGCCAUUUUUAAGAUCAAAAUUAUGAAUUUCAGUCAAAAAUCAGAUUAAAUUGGAAUAGACUUUAUCUUAGCUCUUUUAUUCAUUUGAAAAUGUUAGAUAGGCUAGCAAAACAGAAUAAUUAAUAAAUGUAAUAAAGAAAUAAAAACUAUGUAUAUCAAGAUUUAAUCUUAAAAUAUGAAUUAAUUUAUUCAUAAACUAAUAAUAUGUUGUGUAUAAUAAUUAUAAUGACAUAUAUAAUUGUUAUUGCCACCCAUAUGGUAUAAUGGUUAGGGGAGCCUGACUGCGAUACUGAAGGGCCCAGGUUCCAAUCCAGGAGAAGGCAUGGAUGUAAAAUUGUCUAUCCCUUCAUAAGAGGUAACGGUGGCCGCCUAUUAGGUGCCUUCACAAUAAAAUGGCCACCAAUUCUAGCCUUAAGAGUGGCCUAUGCCAUUAUAGGCAAGUGUCUGCCAUUGGGAGAAAAUAAUAAUAAUUGCUAUUUAAUAAUAAAAUAUUAAGUUGCAUCAUUUUUGUAUAUUUUAAGUAUGCAUACAUGUGUGUUGCCAAGUCCCAGUUUACUGGAAUGGAUGGAUUUGGAUUAUUCAGUUAUGGCAAAGCACACAAGGGCUAUCUGCCUAAAGGGAGGGAUGCCUUUUGUGGAGGACUUUCUAAGGGAAACUGGCUCAUAUACAAGUUACACAUGGGGAAAACCAUGAAAACACCCAUGCAGCCAGCCCGUUUGCGGGAUUCGAACCUCGGACCGAACUACCAGUUUUCAGCAUCUUUACCGCUCGGCCGCUGGUGGGCCUUACUGGAAUGGAAAUAUAGAUUUAGUGAGUUAGAUUUAUCAAACACCGUUUAAAAAAAAAGUUAAAAUUGUUUAUUCUGGAAUAAGGAGAAAAUUGCUGUUACAAACUAUAUAUCAGUGUGAAACAAAAUUAGCUGCAGAAAAUACUAUGAAAAAAAUGCAUGGAAUACCAGCAGGGAAUGGUGUUAUAGUGUUUAAGAGUUAUAGUGUUAAGUGCAGCAGUGCAUGAUUUAACUGUACAUAAUGAAAAAUAUAUAAACAAUAAUAUGUAAAAUAUAUAAACAAUGUUAAAUUCUAUGUUAGUAUAUUAGUAAAUUGUCUAUCUGUUGUUCAUUAAUAAAAAUAAAUCAGUA